AAAGGGAAUUUCCGAAUUAGUUGUUGUUUCUAUCAAUGUCACGUGACGUGCACAGACAGGACCGGUCGUCGUAGCGAGAAACACUGAGUGAAAAAGUUGUCACUCUUAGUACUCAGGUAAACUGUCAAGUCAGGCAAAUUAAAGCCUAUCCAAAUUAAGCAAUUGUUUAUCUCAAGGAGCAGAUUCUUCCAAGAUGGAUGAGCCACACGACUUACCCAAAAUUAUUCUCAUUAUGUGCAACAAAAUUACAGGUCAUGAUAGAUAAUGCUUUGAACAAAGUCUGACAUGAAUAAAUAUAUAUCAAUAUACUUGAAAACAGUUAUUUCUUCCAUAUCAUUGGAUGGUUUAACCUGUCUAGAGUGGUUUCUUACAAUGCACAAAUAUCCCAAUUAAGCAAAAUCUAAUUGUGUACUAAAUUAUUGUAACGGGAAUUUCCAAAUUAGUUGCUGUUUCUAUAAAUAUCACGUGACGUACACAGACGCGACCGGUCGUCGUAGCGAGAAACACUCUGAGCUAAACAGACUAUUUGGUCUGAAAUACUUACGUAGACUUACAAGUCAGGCAGAGUAAAGCCUCUACAAAUUUAGCAAUUGUUUAUCUAAAGGAGCAGGUGAGUACACUAACGACUUACACUACUUAGUGUCGACACAUUGAGUAAGUUCCUGGUCUGUGUGUCACCUACCCGCCAUGUACUGUGAGUAGAGGGUGAGUGAAGUAGGUCAGCCGUUGUGUAGUGACAUUUAUUGCUUCAGGUGUUGAGUUAUGUUCACAGUUUGCUGUAGCAGCCUAAAACUCCUACAGAAUUAUAAUAACAAGUAUUAGAGGUCAGGUGCUGGAUCAUAAGUUCUUCACGACAGUUUCAUGUCCUCAGUUCGCUAACUGGUUGUGUAUCUGUACCUCACUGCUGCCACUGAUCACUCUGUUCAAAUUACAUCAUUAAAAAUUAAACAGAAUUCAUGUUUCUUUUUCGUAACAUCAGUUACAUAGACUCAAAGAUGGCUCAGCAGUAAGAAAGACACCGUCCAGUGAUUAACACUAAAUCAUUACUCUGAUAAUUAUACUAUUUUGUUAUCUACUGUGUCAACAAUGUGUCAUUUCUCCGACGGAUUCCAAACAUAAAACCGGUUGUCCGCUGUGUAGGUGUCCUAUCGUAGAGCAGUUAGAUCGAGGUUCGUCCUAUACUCUUGACAACCUGCCGACAGAUUUUCUUUUUCAUUAAACCUUUACCUAACUCAAAUGUACUUCUCUUUUUCUUGAUUGUGUUCCACUCCAAAAUAACUCCAAAAACACAGCAGUACUAUUUGCCUAAAUGUCCUUUCACUAAAUUUUGUUCUACCGAAAUAAUCACUAACCUAAGACUACAAUCUGAGCAUUAUGUUUAAAUGUUUUGUAUCUUCAGAUUAUAUAAUAUGGCUGAGCCACUUGAACGAGAGUGUGCUGUGUGUACGAAUGACUUCACCACACCAAAGAUUCUACCCUGUGGUCAUCUCCUGUGUCGAGAAUGUGUCAUUUCCUGGAUAGAUUCGAAAUGUGCAGCUGGUUGUCCUCUGUGUAGAUGUCCUAUAGUACAGCAGUCAGAUGGAAGUUCGUCCGACACUGUUGACGCCCUGCCGACAGACUUUGUGAUGGAAGCGCUGGUGGAGAGCGCUCGUGUGCUGAGUAAAGAUCACCUUUGUUGUGUGUGUGAGGACGUCAGGGCGGACUUCAUCUGUAUGCAGUGUCAGGUCAUGUUGUGUACAACGUGUAAAAAAGCUCAUAAAAAGCUCCCAGUGAGUCGCAGUCACGAUGUGGAGAGUGUCAGCACUGUGACACCUGAACGUCUGGCUGCCAGCCGCCCUGCACUGUGUGCUGACCACGGCGACAAACACGCGGAGUUCUUCUGCAGCGAACACCGCCUCGCUGUCUGCUCAGCCUGUAAGUCUACCAAACACAAAGUAUGUUUAGAAACAAACUAUCUUGACGAUGAAAUAAAGUCAGUUCAAAACUCACUUACCGACAUAACAAAAAAUCUGGUAGAAGCGGAGCAGAAGCUAGAGCAGGCUAUAGGUCAGCUGACGUCACGUCUACAGGAAGUUGAUGUCAGUGAACAAGAAGACAUGGCGCAGGUGGACAAGGUGUGUAACUGUCUUUACAAGCUGGUGGAAGAUGUUUGUAACAAGCUAAAGGACAAGUGUCGCAAGCAACAUCUCAAAAUCAGGAAGUCGCUAUGUGACGUCAAGACUGGCUUUAGCAACCGUCUAGGGAAGGUGACGUCACACAGACACAUUGUGACGCGAGCGGUGGCAGUAUCACCACGUCCUGCACUGAUACACAUGACACAGGCUCUGACAGACAGGGUCAACAGCCUUGACCUCAGCACUGACCUGCUGGGAGACAAAUGGGAGAAGCCCUUGUCAAGUGUAGAGUGCUGUAAAGAAGUUGUGAGACGAAUAGAAGACGAGCUUCUCAUGUUGAAGCAAGAGAAGACAGAGGCAAAGUUGGUCUCACAGCCACCAGUCCUUGUGUUCCACGACAACUGCGGAACCAACAUUCGUUUGACGAACGGUAACAGGACCGCGGAGAAGACAGAACUGAAUAUGAUCGGUGACGGGGUGGUUGUGUCACGUGACCCUAUGUUAGCGAACGUCUUGUAUGAAGUCAGAGUGGACGCAGGAAAAAAUAGGUACAAGAAGCUAUCACUGGGUGUGACAAGAAUUUCUCCUGCUCACCUUACUGUCAAAGAGUGGUCUGAAGACCUGAAAGACUCCGUUAUCAUCAUGCCCGGUCAUAUCUUCCAUCAGCGAAAACGUGUGCCUACACCGCUCACAAAAGAACUCGGGAGACUUAAAGUCGGGAGUCGAGUCGGGGUACUGGUGACCUCAUCCAACGAACUUCACCUCUACAUCAACGGACAGGACCUGGGCGUUGCAGCAAACAAUGUUACACAACCCUGGUUUGCUGUCUUUGAUAUUGGCAGUUUAGUUAGUAAGGUGACAGCGCUUCCUACGUCUUUGAGAACAUAAAGAAUAUCAGAGAACAAGAAGGCUGAGAGAAUAAAACUAGAAUAUUUUUGUGAUAGAGGAUGACACCAACCUGGGCGUUGAUAUUACCAAUGAGAGCUCCAGUGAAUUUGUUUCGUUAACCUGAUUGCUAUCCAAAACAAGACGAGUACACAUUGCAUCUGUAUAGGAUUUUUUUCAGUUGAAAGACAUUAACAAAUAAAAAAACUAGAUGAGCUACCUUCUCCCCGCCCACACACACACACAUAAAAAAAAAGGGAAACAACUUCUUAGCAUGAAGAGAAGUUUGAUGAUAUAUUAUUUCAACAAAUAAAUAUAUUGUGUAAACACUACAAAACUAUACACAUACGUGCUGCUGUAAAUUAGUUACUUGUUAAAUACAUUGAAUCAAUCAUUGGCUUCUGGCUGUGUUCAUUAAAUUUAAAAAGACUGUUCAUAAAUUACUGUUCAUCGACAAUUAAAAGAAGUGUAAGCUAAGGUAUUUUUUGAAACUGCUCCACUCGUCUUUUCCCAUUCCCCUCAUUCGGGAAGAAAGGUGUUAAAGAUAGUAGCAACUGACCGAUGUACUCAAGAAUAGAAGAUGAAAGAAGCUGGACUCUUUCAGGCGUGAAGUCUCUUUUAGUUUUGAUUUGUUUUUAUUUGCUUCUGCUACCCAAUAGGGAAAAUUAUUACUUAAGGUUUCUAUGCCUCUGAGUGAAGAAAAUGUUUUUAUUAAUUUUAUUUUAUUAUUUUAUUAAUUUUAAAAUAACUGUCAGGACUGUGUGGGUGAAUGAAACACUUUCAUGAGACACUGUUUCAUAGAUCGCAUCAAACACUUUUUGCUUUAGUUGGAUUUUGACUCAAUUUUGUGAAAAAUAAGUAAAAUGUUUAACAGGACAUAACAGUAGUUGAGAAAUGCACUGUACAGAGACCUGCAAUUUUUUCUGUGGAAAGCGGCUGAACUGUGUCUUGCGGUGGCGGUGGUACAUUUGUGUUAGUAUCUGUUUUCUUCUGAUUCAAAAAAGAUAAGAUAACCACUAAAAUACGAUCAAAGAAAAUCAAAAAGAGGAAACAGGGAACUAGCUUCAACCAUAGUAUGCUGAGCACUUCCACUCAAAACACUACAGAGCCUCAAAGAACAAAUCCAAUGUAACUGCCUGUUAGUCCAAGAAUGAACGUGUUAAUAGGAAAUGGACUUUUGUUAAUUUUUUUAAAGCGUGGAAGCACUAAAAUCCUGUCACAGGCACUUUAAUGUGUACUGAGCUCUGUCAAGUGUAAGAGCAGUGAUGUACAUGUGUGAUGUACUUAUGUUAUUGAUAUACUCAGGUGUGAUUCUAACAAGAGAAUGAAGCGACUUAAACUUUCAGUUAUCUGACAUAUCGAUGUUUAACUGAUUUCUUGGUGAUUUUGUGCAGUUCAUAGUUUUAAGUUUGAACUCAUUAAAGGUGUGUUUUCCUGUU